CAUUUGACGCUUUAAUUUAUGAGUAUGCCACCUCAUUUUAUGCAAUUUUCCGCACUAAUUCAUGUGGAUGCCACAUCAUUUUAUGCGAUUUGACACGUUAAUUCAUGUGUAUUCCACCUUAAUUUAUGUAAAUGCCACUUCAUUUAACGUUAUUUGCCGUAUUAAUUGACGUAGCCUGCCACAUAAUUGUUUCCGUUCUCAAAACAAAAACACUUAAAACGAUCACCUAACUAAAGUUUUUACUUUUUUAAACUCGAAUCCGUGAUACAACGCCGCCCCCUAGCGGCCGGCGGCUGCUAUUGCGUAACAUUUUUUUCCUCGAUGGAGAAAUCCUGCCUCCUCAUUGGUUGAUACCCUCGCAAGUUUGAGUCGUGUUGCUUUCAAUAGCGUCGGAAAUACACCCAGCACAAAAAAAUACGUGGCGUGUAAUUGAACCAGAAGUGCCAUAAACAGCAAGUACACAAAUAAAUACGUACAAUCCUCCUCUAACAACAUUUAUAUGCGUCUAUUUAUCAUUUUAGAUAUUGGAAUACAUCCAUGCUUUAAUGUCCGCGAUACUAAAUGGAACCUCUUCCAUCUAGCGGGGGUGUUGCGUUCACUGACAUAAAUGUAAAAGCAUUAAAAAAAAAACAUAAUCUAAUUUAGAAACGACUUCUCCCAUGUAUUAUUGUUUCAAACACAGCAAUAUCUUGGUUGUGCUAGUCCUGUAAAAUGUAUACACGCGUGCGAUAAUCAAUAUUCCGACGUUUUUGUGAGUGCGCGAAGGCACCAUCGGUAUUGAUCAUUGUACAUCCCCUCCGGCAGCAGCAUCAGCAUCCCUCCGCGACGCACACACACACGCGUGCACGCGCACACACACACACUUAGAGCUCGCAGUUGCAUUGAGUGUGUGAGCCGUAGUGGAAAUUACCCUCGGCCAUCAUGACAGUUCGAAACACUCUCCGAGACCACGGCCAGCGGUAUCGACCACGGAUGGCCUGUCUGAAAAAGGUGCUGCUGGAGAUGCAGGAUCCGAAAUCAGGAGUGAAGUCACAGCCGCAGCGAUUGGUCAUCACCACCAUACCGCACGCCAUCAUUGGUGAAGACAUCGUCGCUUGGCUGGCCGACAGAUUCCAGGUCGACGCCCGAGAGGCCAGGAGUCUGGGCUCCAUGCUGGUGUCGCUGGGCUACAUCUACCCUCUGCAGGACCACAAACGCCUGGUCCUCAGGCCCGACGCCUCGCUCUACCGCUUCCAGACGCCGUACUUCUGGCCCGCUCAGCAGUGGCCUGUGGAGGACACGGACUAUGCCAUCUACCUGGCCAAGAGGAACAUACGCAAGAAGGGCAUCCUGGAGAUGCACGAGCAGGAGCAGUACAACCGACUUCACAAGUGGAUGAACCACAAGUGGGACUUCAUCGUGAUGCAGGCCAAGGAACAAUACAGGGCCGCAAAGGAGAGGAAGAAACCGGACCGUGUGGUGUUUGACUGCCAGGAGAGAGCCUACUGGGUGGUUCACAGACCUCCGCCGGGCACGGUGAGCGCCAUGGACUACGGACUGGAUCGCCGAGUAGACUCCAACGCAGACCUGGCCAAAACGCCCGACUACUACGAGAGAAUGAUGAUCUUUACCCAGCAGUCCAUCAUGCGGCCCAGAGUCAAGUCGUCCGUCUCCAUCGGCGCGUUGGUGAAAUACUGCGCCACCUACAAAAGCCACGACCCCUUCCUGUCCAAGUGUCUACCCAGCAACCCCUGGCUCACCGAUGACGUCACCUACUGGACCCUGAACAUGCCCAACGUGGACACGCCCACCAAGAUGCGCGUGGAGCGCUGGACCUUCAGCUUCGGCGAGCUCCUCUCGGACCCGCGAGGCCGGGAGGACUUCAAGCGCUUCCUGAAGAAGGAGUUCAGCGGCGAAAACUUGGCGUUCUGGGAAGGAUGCGAGGAUUUAAAGUGGGGCACAGCCGCCACCAUGAGGGAGAAAGCUGAACAGAUCUACAAGACCUUCCUGGCCCGUGGCGCCCCCCGCUGGAUCAACAUAGACGGCAAGACGAUGGAGAUCACGGUGAGCAGCCUGAAGCAUCCUCAUAGAUACGUGCUGGACGCCGCCCAGACGCACAUCUACAUGCUGAUGAAGAAGGACUCGUACGGCCGCUACAUGAAGUCCCAGGUGUUCAAGGACACCUUGAAGAAGGCCCUGGUCCCCGAGGAGCACAAGUUCACCGACGCCCAGCUGGAGCAGAACGCCAAGAACCGGCGGCCCAGCGUCAGCCCCAUCAUCCUGCGGCAGCAGGAGCUGGAGGAGCGUGCCAAGACUGCGGCCAACGCGCCCGUGGACAUCACGCAGGUCAUGAGCAAACUCAGCAAGCAGCGGAAGGGGGACGCCCCGCCCUUUCCGCCCAGGAAAUGACCAUGAGUUCCGAUAUCAUGACAUUUUUUUAUCAGAGCGCGGAAGGGUGGGUGUGAAUGCAGUUCACCCAUCUGUCCACUAGGUAGAGCCAUUGCACCGUAACACGCUUAAAUAGUGCCAACUUAAGUGCUUUCAUCACGUCAACAUGUGUCUUGUACGUCUUUUUGUUGGAGUCCAUGCAUGCUCUUGUACUUGUCUGCUGUCCAACUCAUCAGUCGCCACUAAUAAAACGUCCAGCAAGCCCCUCA